AUGUCUUCAAUUGCUGCUAUGGCUUCUCGCCGGAUUCUGGCUCGCCAGACCAUCGUCCGCGCCCCUGCUCGUCGCUUCAUAUCCUCCAAGCUAGACGAGGCCAACCUCAAGAAGGGCCCCAAGCAGGACCCCGAGCUUUACGUUCUCCUCGGUGUCAUGGCCGGUGCUCUUGGCCUUGCUGGCUGGUACUUCGGAAGCAAGCCCACAUCCGUGACCUCCGAGAGCAAUGUCCGCAUUGCUGAGAGUGCCAUGCCCUGGAACUCUGAGUCCGAGGAUGGCAAGGUCUACAAGUACCAGUACCACCCCAACGGUGAUCUGAGCAAGCCCCUACAAGCCGCUCCUAGCGCUAUGAACACGGUCAUUGUGCCCAAUGUCACCCUGCCCGCGGAACUCCACGAGCGCUUCAACAAGUACGGCAAGGAGGAGUGGGACUACUAA